AUGCCUGAUGCCAAGGUUGCAUGCGGACAACUUGGUUUUACCAAAACUGUAGGAUAUUGGCAGUAUGGACGAGGGACUGGUAAAGUAUGGUUGGAAUAUAUGCAAUGUUCAGGAACCGAGACCUCCCUUCAGAGCUGUAYUCRUAAUGGAUGGGGAAGCGUACCGSGCUGCGAUCACACAACAGAUGUUGGUGUGUURCAUGUCRACGGUACAUCAUUACUUAAMUUAAAUGGAACAGUAURUUAUGGUGGCUGGGAUAUGGACGAUACCAAGGUUGCAUGUCGACAACUUGGUUUUACAAAAGCUCUAGGACCUUGGCAAUAUGGACGAGGAACGGUAGAUACUGCUAAGUGUGUAGUGGAGGUGUAUCACGAGGGUCAAUGGGGAACAGUAUGUCGUGGUUGCUGGGAUAUGCCCGAUGCCAAGGUAGCAUGCCGUCAACUUGGUUUUACCAAAACUGUAGGAGCUUGGGAUUGGGGACAUGGGGCAGGUAAAGUAUGGCUAGACAACAUGGGAUGUUCAGGCUCAGAGUCCUCACUUGGAAGCUGUUCUCACGGUGGAUGGGGUAGUGUUGCAUCUUACUGCGAUCACAGUACUGAUUCUGGUGUUGUAUCUUUUGAAAGGUUUAUUACCACGGUCAAUGGGGAACAGUUUGUCAUGGUAACUGAGGUCAAUGGUCAAUGGGGAACAGUGUGUCAAGGUGGUUAUAAUAAUGACUUUGAUAUAAACGAUGCCAAGGUUGCGUGUCGGCAGCUUGGUUUUAACAAGACUCUAGGACCUUCGCACUUCGGACAAGGGACGGGUAAGAUAUGGCUGUACAACAUGAGAUGYUCAGGCUCAGAGGCCUCACUUGRAAGCUGUUCUCACAAUGGCUGGGGACAGGUGUCUGGCUGCGAUCACACUAGGGAUGCUGGUGUCUCCCUUACUAAUGAAUGUCAUGAAUAUCACUACGUCAYGCAUGAUGGCGUGCGGACACUUGACGUCGGCGAAGUAGAAAAAUCCUUGAGGAACUUAAACCAAAAUAAAAGUGCUGGGCACGAUCAAAUAUCUCCAAGACUACUUAGUAUUGCAAGUAAUGAGCUGUCACCAUCAUUGACAAGGAUCUUUAAUGGUUGCAUAGAAAAACGUUAUUGGCCGGAUGAUUGGAAAAAAGGAAUCUGGGUCCCGGUUUUUAAAAAGGAUGAUCACAAGGAUUUGAAGAAUUACAGGCCAAUUACAGUCCUAAGCACGAUUGAUAAAGUAUUUGAGCAGUUACUGGCAGGCCAAGUAUCGCAUUAUAUUGAACCUUACUUGAACAGGAACUUAACAGCAUAUCGCAAAAGAAACAGUUGUGAGACAGCGCUCAUAAAUCUCCAGGAAGAUUGGAAAAAAUCACUAGAUGAGAAAAGAGUAAUCGGAGUGCUGUCGUCUGAUCUAUCUAAAGCUUUUGAUUCUCUAAACCCACCACUACUGUUAGCGAAGCUCAAGGGAUAUGGAUUUGGKGAUGAUGCUAUUGAACUGUUACUCUCAGAAAGGAAGAACAGAGUUAGAAUGGGCAGUGAAAUUAUGAGCGAGUGGAAAACUGUGAAUAGAAGACGUGGAGAGGAUAUUGACGAAUUAAAUGAUGGACUGAACAUAAUGAAUUGGUAUGAAAAUAAUCUACUCAAGUGUAACAAUGACAAGUUCCAGACAGUCAGUUUUGGACAGAAGCACAAAAACAAGAAUUUGAACAUUACAGCACUAAAUAAGAACAUUAAGGCUAAUUCUGAUAUGACAUUAUUAGRAGUUACAAUUGAUGAAUAUCUGAAUGGUCAAUGGGGAACAGUGUGUCAAGGUGGUUAUAAUAAUGUCUUUGAUAUAAACGAUGCCAAGGUUGCGUGUCGGCAGCUUGGUUUUAACAAGACUCUAGGACCUUCGCACUUCGGACAAGGGACGGGUAAGAUAUGGCUGUACAACAUGAGAUGCUCAGGCUCAGAGGCCUCACUUGGAAGCUGUUCUCACAAUGGCUGGGGACAGGUGUCUGGCUGCGAUCACACUAGGGAUGCUGGUGUCGGUCAAUGGGGAACAGUAUGUYAUGGUGGCUGGGAUAUCAAUGAUGCCAAGGUUGCAUGCCGUCAACUUGGUUUUACCAAAACUGUAGGAUAUUGGCACUAUGGACGAGGGACGGGUAAAGUAUGGYUAACCGGCAUGGGAUAUUUGGGCUCUGAAACUACACUUGGAAGCUGUUCUCACUGGGCAUGGGGAAAUGUUGGUAGCUGCGAUCACACUGUUGAUGUUGGUGUCCUUUCGACCGACACGGUCAUCCUCAGAGGAACUAAAAUACGUUACAAUAUUAACAAAACCUACGCGAUCAAACUGGGAACAGUAUGUACUGGUAACUGGUACAUGGACGAAGCCAGGGUGGCAUGUCGGCAACUUGGUUUUACCAAAGCUCUAGGAUUUUGGUGGAAUGGAUAUGGGACGGAUAGAAUAUGGCUGUGGAACAUGCAGUGUACAGGUUCAGAGACCUCACUUGGAAGCUGUACUCACAAUGGAUGGGGAAGUGUUUACUCUGGCUGCGAUCACACUAAUGAUGCUGGUAUAUAUUACCAGGGUCAAUGGGGAACAGUGUGUUAUGGUAACUGGGGCACGAAUGAUGCCAAGGUUGCAUGUCGUCAACUUGGUUUUACUAAAACUAUAGGUCGUUGGUACGGUGGACGAGGGACGGGUAAAAUAUGGUUGUACGGCAUGGGAUGUUCAGGCWCAGAGACAUCACUUGGAAGCUGUUCUCACUGGGGAUGGGGAAACGUUGGCUCUCACUGCAAUAAUCACCAAUGUCAAUCCGGAAAAUAUAUGUCUGAUCCUUCAUUUAGGAAUCCUUUUCGUUAUGACASAGUAUUAGACUUAAUAGUUGAUAAAUACAAAUUGCAAUUAUGUCAUGGUUACUGGGAUAUGCAAGAUGCUAAAGUUACAUGCCGACAACUUGGAUUUUCAAAAACUAUAGCAUAUUGGGAAUAUGGACGAGGUACGGGUAAGAUAUGGCUAUACGACAUGAGAUGUUCAGGCUCAGAGGCCUCACUUGGAAGCUGUACUCACAAUGGAUGGGGAAGUGUUCACUCUGCCUGCGAUCACACUAAUGAUGCUGGUGUCAUUUGUUUUUCGAAUAUUGUGGAGAUAUGUCAGCAGAGUCAAUGGGGAACAGUGUGUGAUGGUAGCUGGAAUAUGCCCGAUGUCAAGGUAGCAUGUCGUCAACUUGGUUUUAGUAAAACUUUAGGUCCUUGGUACRAUGGAAGAGGAACGGGUAAAGUAUGGUUGAACGGCAUGGGAUGUUCAGGCUCRGAGGCCUCACUUGGAAGCUGUUCUCACAAUGGAUGGGGAMAGGUCUCCUCUUACUGCAAUAGCCACGCAGAUGAUGCUGGUGUCGUGCGCUUUUGUAAUGGUGGAAAUGAAUGUUACAACAAGUGUUUCAAAAGCACUACCGAAGAAACRAGCGCCUUACUAUGGUUUGAAAACUACGUGCUUGUCAUUUUCAAUAGGGUUCUCCAUGUAUGUCUCUUCGAGGUUUAUUACSAGGRUCAAUGGGGAACAGUGUGUCAUGAUGGCUGGUACAUGGAGGAAGCCAAGGUUGCAUGUCGDCAACUUGGUUUUACCAAAACUGUAGGAUAUUGGCGCUAUGGACRWGGGACGGGUAAAGUAUGGCUGAAUUACAUGGAUUGUACAGRAUCAGAGUCCUCACUUCAGAGUUGCUCUCACRAUGGAUGGGGAGGCCAUGGCUCUUCCUGCGACAGUCACCAAUAUGAUGCUGGUGUUCAUGCUAGAUUAUUGUUUCWGUGUGAUAUGCUUCUCGGCUGUGUACUUGGCCCUCUAUUGUUCUCAUUUUAUAUCUCCCAAAUGGAAGAUACCAUGGUCUACGCAGGCAACACACAGAUCUACAUCAUCUUGAUGGAACCGGAUAAGGCAGCCUCAUUAUAUCGCCCUAAGCCUUGCAUUCGUGAUAUCAGGGAGUGGYCCUUCCCUAACAAGCUGGGAACAGUAUGUCAUAGUAACUUUGAUAUUAAUGAUGCCAAGGUCGCAUGCCGACAACUUGGUUUUACUAAAACUGUAGGAUUUUGGGACUAUGGACAAGGGACUGGUAAAGUAUGGCUUAACGACAUGGGAUGUACAGGCUCAGAGUCCUCACUUGGAAGCUGUUCUCACAGUGCAUGGGGAAACGUUGGCUCUAGUUGCAAUACUCACCAAUAUGAUGCUGGUGUCGUGUACUUUGGUCAAUGGGGAACAGUGUGUCAUUAUGGUAGCUGGGAUAUGGACGAUGCCAAGGUUGCAUGUCGUCAACUUGGUUUUACUARAACUCUAGGACCUUGGUACUGGGGACGAGGGACCACUAUACUGCUAGUUAUCAAGGAGGUGUACUACCAGGGUCAAUGGGGAACAGUGUGUCGUGGUAACUGGGAAAUGGAUGAUGCCACGGUUGCAUGUCGUCAACUUGGUUUUACCAAAACUGUAGGACGUUCGUACUAUGGACGAGGAACAGGUAAAGUAUGGCUCUACAACAUGGGAUGUUCAGGCUCAGAGGYCUCACUUGGAAGCUGUACCCAUAGUGCAUGGGGAAACGUUGGCUUAAGUUGGCUUUAGUCACAAUGGAUGGGGAAGUGUUGACUCUCUGUGCAACGGUCACACGUGGGAUGUUGGUGUAGUGUGCAUUUUCGUAUUAUUAUUACUCUGGUCCUAGUUGAWUCCUGGCUUAUUUCUCAAUUGACACGGUUUUGUUUG